AUGCCGUCGAUUGGCACUGAAAGCAACUGGAAGAGGAGUGACUGCGAGCAGCGGCUGAAGUCCUCUACUGCGAGUAGAGGCACCAGCAGCAGCAGCAGCGGCCCGGGCCCGGGAAUCCUACUCGACACUCAGCCUAUUUUUAAUACACUGAUGGACGGGUCCCAUAAUGCAUUUUGCGACAAUACCAAGCGGGGAAGGAAGGGAGGGGAAGAAGUGGGGAGACGCCCCGACGCUGCUGGCAUUGAAACGGCAGGGCCAUCAAGCGGUCGCUCGUUUCGCGUGCGUUUGACGCAUGCUUCCGGCGCAAAGAUGUAUUCGGAGCCGUUGAACAGCCUGCGGAAUGCGUCCUCACUACCCAGUGAGGCUGGUGCAAAUUGGCGGGAGCCUGCCGAGAUGAUCGUUCGGCAGAACUCACCAACGGAACGCCCUGUAGGGCAACAGCAACAUGAUUGCCAGCCGAAGACUUAUCAACAGCAGGAGCUGCAAGUUGGGAUGGAGGCCGCGGACCCCAACGGGACGGAACUCUUGGAUCCAACAAACACGACAGCAACAACAACAACAACAACAACAACAGGAAUUCAGCUACUGAAAUCCAAAUCGAGUUUAGAUGAGGUGUGCAUGCAACGGGCUCAAGAGAAGCGUUUGUCUAACGUGCGGGAGACACAACUGCGAGAAAUGUACGAAGCCAAGAUAGCCGAGCUUGAGGACGUCAUUCACGCAAGCCAACGUGCAGCCUCCGAUGCAGAGGCUCUCCUUCUGCAGAAGGAGUUGGAAUGGCAAACUGCCAGGACGUCAAUGGCACAGAAGUUUAAUGGGGAGACCGUAUCCAACGUCAGUUGCUUGCUUGAAACGACACUGAGGGCGCGGGAAAAGGAACUUGAGGACACGCGGGAAAUUCUGCGAGUCGAGCGGGCACGUUGGGCAGGGGCAUUACAACGGGAGGAAGUUCUCCGCAGCAGGUUUCUUGUUGCCGAAGAGAGCCGCGUGCUGUACCAACUUUACUUGCAGCGACUUUUGGAGUUUCUUCGUACACGGGUAAAAGAAAGGCCAGAAUUGCCUCUAUAUACGGAGCCAUUGGUAACUCAUAGCGCUGUUGUUAAGGCAAUGAGCGAGGCGCUGCGUUCAGCGGAUGCCGCGACGAAUGAGGAGGUUAAUUCCAUGCUUGAGUUUUCUCCGCAGGGGGCGCGAGGGAAAGUUACUGUGGAGCUGCAGUCGCCACCUGAACCGUCACGACAGUUGACGAAUGCCACUUUGCUUACAAUGUCCAUGCUAGAGUCUACGGUGACGGACUGUAUGGCACUCUGGAGGCGCGAGGAGAAACGGCGUCAUGAUCACUUCAAGCAGACCCUUCAGGCGGUUGUUAAUGGUUUUACGGAGGAGUUGGAAGCAAAACUUACCCUCAUUUUAAGCUAUGUGGGAAAAACGGAGCAGCGCAUUGGCGAAUACGAGAAGAUGGCGGUGCAUGUCUUUGGGAAACUUGUGCGGAAUGCCCAUGAUCGUGGGAGACAAAUGGAUGGCCUUCAGAAGGAGGUGGAGCGGGCCAGCCGGGAAUAUGCCCAAUCUCAGCGGCUACUAACACGGGCGCAAGCGGAGGUCAGUGGGUUGAAGGACGAGAUCCGACGUAUGGAUGGCGAUCGCGAGGUUGCUCUGUUGGUUCACCGGGCUGCAGAAUGCCUGGAAGACGUUCGACAAAGUGUGCGAGGUGCCGUCCGGUCGGCUGCCCAGGAUAUUGAGCAGCGUACAUUAGAGUGUAAUACCUUAAAGGAACCUUUUCUUCAAUCAAUGCGUGUUAUAGCAUUAAAGGUAGAGGCACAUGCGGAGAUGGCACGAACGGCGAUUCGUCGGCGGCAGCAUGAAGAUGCAGGAAAUCCCAUUGAAACCGUAUUGCGAAGAGCAGGCUCUGUUGGUGCCGAGGAGAUGCAUCGUCUCAUUCUCAGCACACCGUGUUGUGAUUCACGAAGCCGACAGCGGCAUACAACACAAAUAAUGAGGGGAGAAAUGGCUGGAGAGUCAAAGAAUUUUCUCAUGUUGGAAGAGUUGAGCCGUGUGAUGAAAAAUCUCUGUCGGCUUCUUGAGAACAAUGCGCGGCAGGUGGAUAACAACGCGGCGAAACUUGCCCAAGCCAUCGCUGCCUGGGAGGAAUCAAUUGUCAAGAAGAUGGCUGAGAUUUGGGAAUCCAUGCACGAAAUGCUUGUUGCAGCUGGCAUUCCGCCAAGACCAGUGCCAGUCCUAACCGUACUUGGAGGGGUGCAGCGACGUGAGGGAGGGAACAGUGCGCCGCUGUUUCUUGGUGACACGAACGCCGGUAAUAGUGGAAGAAUGUUGAUGCACAAAACGCAGCCCAUAUGUCCUUUUGCUGGAGUGGGGUCGAGACCGUCUUGCACGGGAAGUCUCGCCACAUCCGGCAGUUGUGCGCCUUCCGUCAGCUUUGCGCAGUCCACCAUCAGUUCAACAGAUUUUAGUCGAGCCGCAAGUACAGCAAUAAUUCCAUCGUGGCGUGCGCCGCUCGCUCCGCUGCAGGAAGUAGAACAGACACCUGAACUGAGUGCACGCCACAGCUUGGAAAGGCUCACACCACAGUCCAUCGCCGUGUCGCGGACGCCGACACCACCCCCACCACCCCUUUCUUCGCAAAUGACAAACACGGUCCCACCGUCGCAGCGACCACCACCGCAGCAAGAACAAAACUUGCAUCAGCGGCGACAACUUUUUGUGGAGUCCCCGUGCAACUCGCCCCGGCCUGUGGAAAACUCUGGAGCUCCACUGCGGAUGCACUAUACGGGGGAAUUGAGUGAUUUUGAAGGGUGCGAGUUGCGGUUAUCGUCCGGUGCCAUCCUUUCCCGACGUGUGGCUGCAUCUUCGCAGGGAUUUGAAUAG